AUGAAAUUAAUAUCGGGUGUUAUAUUAUGGAUCUUUUGGUGCCUUUUUUCAGGGAAAUUAGUUGGAAUAUUACAAGGCUUAUAUUAUAAGAUGUGUCAACGUAUAGGCCGUAUAGAUAGAUUACCAGUUAACUCAGUGGAUUUUGAAAGAGAUAGGAAAAAGAUAUCAGUUUCUUUAAUUAUGCUUUAUUUUAUGUUUAUAUUGUGUAAAUUUUAUGUAAAAACAUCAGAGAACUUUUAUGAGAUCUUAAGAAUAUCACCAUAUAUUGUUAAUAAACGGGAGUUAAGAAGACGAUUUCACAAGAUGACGUUAAAAGUUCAUCCUGAUAAGAUUAAUAAUGGAGAUUCAAGAGAAUUUAUGACAUUACGUUUUGCAUACAAUGUUUUAUCAAAUGAAAGACAUAGAUUUGUAUAUGAAAGACUUGGAUCAUCAAUGAUUGAAUGGUCAGAAACGGUUUCUUUAUAUGAUGUUAUUUUUGAAAGUGUUAAAUCAACCUUGCAGUUUUAUGGGGGAAUAACAAUUGUUUUUUUAGUAUCAAAUUUUAUAGGAAUUAAGCCAUUGAAAAGAUUUUGGCAUUUUUAUAUAAUAGGACUAUGGUUUACAUUAGAAAUAUUGAGUAUUAUUCGAUCUCGUCCUAUAUUUCCUUUGAAUUUUAUUUUUCCAGGAAAACUUCCUUUUGAAUUUUUAACAACGGUUCAUGAUUUACUUAGAAUUUUCUUAUUGGCAUGGUCAGAUAUAGAAUUUAUUUUAUUUCCACAUGAAAAUGUUAUAGAUGUUUCAGAAGCUUCAAAACAAAUAUUUUCUCUAUCAUCAAUUUUACUUAAUGAAAGUAAUCAUCUUGUUAAAAUGGAGUAUUCUUCAUAUGGAAAUAAAUCAACUACAAAAAAUAGGAUUAAAGAAAGGAUUAAAGAAGUAGUUUUGGAAAAUAGAAUAAAUCUUGAACUUAAUUGA